AUGGCGUCCCUUCAGAAUGGCCACGCCAAUGGCACGAAUGGCGAUUCUCUUUCAGCCGCCAACCCGUUGCCCAAUCUCCGAUUUUCUGACAUUCCCUCCGCCAUCGACAUUCCCGCGUCCACCCUCGACAGUGAAGUCGAGGUCAGCCUAGAGAUUCUUCCAGAUGACCCAACCGAGCUCUGCACAUUGUUGGAGAACGAAAAGGCCGCUAAGAACUUUUGGGUCACGAUCGCGCUGGCAUACGCCAAGCAGAAGCAACUCGAUCAUGCCAUCGACAUCUUAAACAAAGGUCUCGCGUCGGUCGCUCAUGGAGCCACGAAAGAGAAACUCGGCCUGCUGGGAUGGGUUUGCUGGCUGUUGAUGUUGAAGAGUCGGAAUGCCCCCCGCGUUGCACCCGAGGGAGAAUUGUACACCGAGGCGAAGACGAAGGAUCAUUAUCUCCAACUUGCGACGUCGACUCUGAACGAGGCUUCACGACUGAAUCCGGCGUUCCCCCCUCUGUUCCUGGCGCGAGGUGUCCUGUCGCUGCUGCGCGCCUCGCUACAUCCACCCCGUCCUGUUCGCCCGGGCACCGUUGACACGUCCGAGAGGGUAGAAUCGCUGCGACAGGCGCUCAAGUGCUUCGAUGAGUCGUCCAAGGCUUUUGGUGGUCGGAAUGUUAUGGCCAUCCUUGGGCGCGCGAGAACGCAAUACUUGCUCGGCCGAUACGCCGAGGCCCUGGAAGGCUACCAGAAGGUUCUGAUGAAGAUGCCCAGUUUGACAGAUCCCGACCCGCGGAUUGGUAUCGGCAGUUGCUUGUGGCAGUUGGGCUUCAAAGAGCAGGCCAAGGUUGCUUGGGAGCGAGCUCUGGCGUUGAACCCUGACUCCAAGGUCGCCAAUAUUCUCCUCGCAGUAUACUAUCUUUACGACAGUUCACGACAUGCAACGACAGACCCGGCCUUCGGUUCAUUGUACAAGGUAGCAAUGACUCAGUACACGCAGAAGGCGUUCAAAUUGGACAAGGAAUACCCCAUGACUUGUUCUCUGUUUGGCGGGUACUUCCUCCUCCGGAAGGCCUACUCCACCGUCGAGACCCUGGCCCGGAAGGCCAUCGAACAUACCGAUGUCAUGCAGAUUGCCAGCGACGGCUGGUAUCUCCUCGGUCGGAAGUCCCACUAUGAAGGCGACCUGACGCGUGCUGCGGAGUAUUACAACCGCUCCGACCAGGCUCGUGGCGGUGGUGAGAAGGGAUACCUCCCGGCCAAGUUCGGCACGGUACAGAUGCAAGUGUCCAACAAGGACUUCGACGGAGCUAAAUUCCGCCUUGAAAAGAUUAUUCAGCAGACGAAGAAUGCCGAAUGCAUGGUCCUGCUCGGCGCGCUUCAUGCGGAGGAGGUCUUCGCGGCGCAGAGAAGCGGCAGCAAGGAAGACAAGUCGGCUGAGAUCAAGAAGGCCAUCAACCUUCUGGAAUCAGUUCGCGCCCUCUGGAAGGACGAGACCAAGAAGAUCUCGCCCGACGAGUCCGUCUUGGUGUACCUGGCCCGGCUCUACGAGCAGAGCGCUCCCGAGAAGAGCAUGCAGUGUCUCACCCAGCUGGAAGAGAUGCAACUGGCAGAGGUCGCAGAGGAGGAGCGCCCCGAAGGCGUCGAAGAUGAAGAGCAGGUCAAGGCAGCUCUCCGCGUCCACCUUCCCCCGCAACUCCUCAACAACAUGGGAUGCUUCCUGUAUCAAGCUGAGAAGAUCGAACGAGCCCGGACCAUGUUCCAAGCAGCGCUGGAUGCCUGCGUCCGGUCCAAGGAGAAGGAAAGCGAGCUCGACACCGACGCGCUCGUCACCACCAUCAGCUUCAACCUGGGCCGGACCUACGAGGCAGCCGACAUGCCGGAAGAAGCCAAGAAGGUGUACCAGGGUCUCCUCGAGCGUCACGCUGACUACACCGAAGCCAAUGCACGCUUGACGUACAUCGCCCUGCGCCAGAGCCCCACAGACGAGGGCCCGAAGAAGAUGGCCAAGCUCUACGAAGCCGACUCGACCAACCUGGAAGUGCGCGCCCUGUUCGGCUGGUACCUCAGCAAGUCCAAGAAGCGGGCAGCCAACCUGGCCGAGGACCACGAACAGCGCCACUACAAACACACCCUGCAAUACUACGACAAGCACGACCGGUACUCCCUGACGGGCAUGGGCAACAUCCACCUGUCUACAGCGCGCGAUAUGCGCCGCGACAGCGACCAGGAUAAAGAAAAGCGGCGCAAGAUGUAUGAGCGAGCCGUCGAGUUCUUCGACAAGGCCCUCCAACUGGACCCUCGCAACGCAUACGCCGCCCAAGGUAUCGCCAUCGCCCUUGUCGAUGAUAAAAAGGACCACGCCUCCGCCGUGCACAUCUUCUCCAAGAUCCGUGACACAUUACGCGACGCCAGCGUCUACCUCAACCUCGGCCACGUCUACGCCGAGCUCCGCCAAUACACCCGAUCGAUCGAGCACUACGAAGCCGCACUAUCCAAAGACCGCGCCCGCGACGCACAAAUCCUCGCCUGCCUCGGCCGCGUCUGGCUUGCCAAGGGCAAGCAAGAGAUGAACCUGCAGGCUAUGAAAACCGCCCUCGACUACGCGCAGCGCGCCCACUCCGUCGCUCCGGGCCAAGUCCACCUCGAAUUCAACGUCGCCUUCGUCCAGAACCAAAUCGCCUCCCUCACCUACGGCCUCCCGGAAACGCAAAAGACGGUCCAAGACGUCCAAGAUGCCGCUGAAGGCCUCCAACAAGCCGUGGAGACCUUCAACCGCGUAGCUCAAGCCAAGAACCCACCGUACCCAUCCAGCGCCUUGGAACAGCGCGCCAACAUGGGUCGCACCAUCUUGAAGCAACUCGAGCGCGCGCUCCAAAGUCAAAAGGAAUACGAAGAGAAGAACGCCGCCAAGCUCCAACAAGCGCGCGAGGCGCGUGAAGCCGAAAAGCGCCAGCGCGAAGAAGAAGUGCGCAAGGCUCAGGAAGCAGAGCGCGAGCGCAAACAGCGCGUAGCGGAGGAGCGGCAGCGCAUGAUCGAGGAAGCGCAGCGAUUGGCGGAGCAGCGCGCGGAAGAAGAGCGUGCGCGUGAAGAAGCGGAACUUACCACUGAGUCGGAGACGGGUGCUAAGGUUAAGCGCAAGAAGAGGACGACGUCUACUAAGCGCAAGAAGAAGCGCAAUGAGGACGACUUCAUCAAUGAUGGAGGCGAUUCUCCUUCCAGGGAGAGGAGCUCGGAACCGGACUCCGAUGGCGAAGCGGCGGCGGCGCCGAAGAAGCGCCGGCGUCUGGAACGUCGGUCUGGUAGUAAGGCGCAGCAGAGCAAGUACAAGAGUAGUGAGAUGGUGGUGGAUUCGGAUGACGAGGACGAGGCGGGUGGUGAUGAUGAUCAUGCGAUGCGUGAUACUGGGGCGAAUGAUGACGAGGAUGAAGAAGAGCAGGAUGUGGUGCAGCGUCGUCGGGCCAAGGUCAGUCGACGAGUGGCUGAUGAUGAUGAGGAUGAGGAUGAGGAUGAGGAUAAUGGGGCGGCGGUGGCUGGAGGAGGGGGCGAAGGGGCCACGACUGGGGGCGACGGGGGCGAAGACGAUGAUGAUGGCUUGUUCAAUGACGAUGGUGGUGAUGAUGAUAUGGAUCUGAAGGAGGAUGAGUGA